GUGGGAUGUGCGUAGCCUGGCGGGCGGGCUGCCGGAGGGCUCAUGCAGUGCGGGAAUUUCGGACGGGGAAGAAGGAGCGGCUGGGCCGGGCCCGGCUCCUGAGACCCGGCAGCUACAACUGCUUCCAAUCCCCAAAUCUUCCUGUUCUAAUACUGUGUAGCUUCUGAGAAGGGAACAGACAAAGAUCAAGUUCUAUGUAAACCAAAUUUAAGAAGGCCUUUCACAUGAAAGAUAUAUAUGCAUUCCUUGACAUAAGUGAAAAUGCCAUAUAUAAAGAAGACGUCUGGAAAAAGAGGUCCUGUGAAGAGGAAACUUGCGGAAGAAUUUGCUCCUGGAGAAGUGUUAACAGACACAUCAAAAAAAGAGUGGAAGUUAGGCAUGCCUAUAGGGCAAGGUGGCUUUGGAUGCCUAUAUCUUGCUGAUGUUAAUUCUUCAAAAUCGGUUGGCAGCGAUGCACCCUAUGUUAUAAAAGUGGAACCCAGCCAGAAUGGACCUCUUUUUACUGAAUUAAAGUUCUACAUGCGAGCUGCUAAACCAGAGCAAAUUCAGAAAUGGACUAGUUCCCAUAAACUGAAGUACCUAGGUGUACCGAAGUACUGGGGCUCUGGCUUGCAUCAAAAAAAUGGAAACAGCUAUAGAUUUAUGGUAAUGGACCGAUUUGGGAGAGAUCUUCAGAAAAUUUUUGAAGAAAAUGCAAAGCAGUUUGCACACACAACUGUGUUAAAAUUAAGCUUGAGAAUACUUGAUAUUCUGGAAUAUAUCCAUGAGCAUGAAUAUGUGCAUGGAGACAUCAAGGCCUCAAACCUUCUCCUGAGCUACAAGAAUCUUAAUCAGGUGUACUUGGUUGAUUAUGGCCUUGCUUAUCGAUACUGUCCAGAAGGAGUGCACAAAAAAUAUAAAGAAGACCCCAAAAGAUGUCAUGAUGGUACAAUUGAAUAUACUAGUAUUGAUGCACAUAAAGGUGUGGCUCCAUCAAGACGGGGUGACUUGGAAAUUCUAGGUUACUGUAUGAUUCAUUGGCUCAGUGGCCAUCUGCCAUGGGAGGAUAAUUUAAAAGACCCCAACUAUGUCAGAGAUUCAAAAAUUAGAUAUAGUGAGAAUAUUACAGAUUUGAUGAACAAGUGCUUUCCUGAGACAGAAAAACCAGAUGAAAUAGCGAAGUACAUGGAAAAAGUGAAGUUAUUAAGCUACGAAGAGAAACCUCUUUAUCAGCAUUUCCGAGAAAUACUUUUGCAAGGUCUUAAGGCUAUUAGGCAAAAGGACGAUGGCAUACUGGACUUCAGUUUUUCAGAGAAUGGAGAUUUGCGAACCAAGCCUGUGCAAAAGAAGAAAAGAAAGGCAGCGGCAUCAGCAGCAGCCACAACAGAGGAAAGCACUGGAACAGACAUGGAAGAUGUGGAAAGUCCACGAAAGAAGAGACCUGCUCAUUGUAGAAACGUUGACUCCUCAGGACCAAUUCAUCACAGCAUGUUACAGCCAGAGGCUAGCAGCAGCAGCAGCUUACAACAAUUCAGAAGCCACCAAAACACUGAAGAAGAGUUCACCGAAAGGCAGAAGAACCAGAAAGAGAGUCCAGAAGUAGAAGAACUAGAAUAAUGUGGUGGUCUUUGCUUUGCUUUGUUUGGCUACCGUAAUGCUGGAAUCUUUGCUUCUCUUUUUAAUGUUUAUUUUUACAGGAUUUGAAAAAUGGCUAUGCUGCAGUUUGUACCUUGUUUGGAAGAAUAAAUGUUUUAUUAAAGUGUAUUUGUGUAUGCCAUGUAAAAAAAAAUACUAUCCAUAAAUGCAGAAGUUUUCAAAUUUUGAAGUGAGGUUGUUUUUAGUAUUUGCAUAUUUUUAUGCUUUUGAAGGACCCUGAAGAGAUGAAAAAAUUGUGCCUCUUUUUCUCCUUUAUGAUGUACCAAGAAAACCUGAAACUGUAUUAAAAUGAUUUUUUUUUUCUCCUUGUUGUUACCUUAAAAAUAGCAAUGUCAUGUCUGGUCUUUCCUGUUUUUGCAUGAAGAUUUUUUGGAGGCAUGAAAUAUGGACUUAGCGUUAACUUGAGGGGAGGGAAAGGGAUUUUUGAUCAUUGCAGAUAUCUCUUCUUUCAGGUAUUUCUCAAGUGUUUGAAUUAAAUAAGCAUUAAACAAAACAGAUUUAAACAGUUAAUAAACAUCACUUCCGUUCUCGAGUCUGGCUUACACAACAAAAUUUAACAGUCUGAACAUAGUUUUGAGCAAUCAUGUUAGCUGUUUCAUUUGCAAGUAAGCUGUGUUCAGUUAGUGUGCAUUGCUGAAAACCAUUUUUUGACAUGUCUAAAUUUUAUAAUAUAGAUGAGUUUUACUUAAUCAAGUUUCAUUUGAAGGGUAUUUGUCUUUGUAUCAGUUCUCCAGUUAUUCAUUGUCUUCCAGGAGGGUGAGUAGGGAAGACCAGAAUUUCUGUAACCUCCCCUGCUUCCAGUAACCAAACAUACCUCAGGCUUUCUUUUUAUAUCAUAGGGAAGCAAGAAAGGGUACAAAUUCAAUUUUUUCUCUACUUGGACACCUUUUUACAAUAAAAACUUAGGUCUCAUACUUGUCAUAUCAGAAUGAUGCUUUACCUUUGCUUAUAGGUGAGAUGGCAUUCUCAUUUGAAAUUCCAAUUUUUUUAAAAAGCAUUACUUUUAUGGUGAACUUCCUCAUGGUAAUUCUUGGCCCCAACAGGCAUUUUUUUGGAAAAAUGGAAUAAAUCGAUGUUCUCCAUACUGAAAAUUAACACUUUUUUGCACUUAGGCAAUUCAAAAAAGUCCUCUUAAUUUGGCCUGGACAUAGUUCUCAAGAAGGAAAUGGUGGUGUGGUAAACUGCUUAAGUAGUAGUUAUGAACAAAUGAAAUGCUGUACUGUACAUCAACAAUUUAUUCUUGCUGAUUUAAAUGCUUGUAUAAAGUAGUUAUCCAGGUAUCCCACACUGAAAUAAAUGGGUAUGUUAACACACAAA